AUGCUUCAUCGGUGUACUUUCCUGCUGGCCCUCUGCUUUUUCAAGGGAGGUGGAAGCAUUUCCACCAGCUGCAAGACCCUUGGCUGCGGAGGCCGCGAUAACACGUGCUCGUGCACCACAUCUUGCUGGAGCUUUUCGUCCUGCUGUGACGACUAUGGAACUGUUUGCCCAGAGCAGUCGCCCACCAUACAGUUGGGAGACGUGAAUAUGCUCAUAACGACAGACCUCCACUCCUGGAUUGAAGGCCGCACCCACGAGUCACUCCUGAACGCGUCAUUGGCUCAUGUGGUUUCAGCGUUGGACCAUCUGCGGAAAGCAGCUGAUGUAGAGAAGCGAGAUGUGUUCUUCUUCGAUAACGGAGACAUCAACGAUGGAACUGGUCUUUCAGCAACUGCCCCUGAUCAUGUGGAAUUCUUAGCUCCAGUGAUGCAGAGCGCGCGCUAUGACGCCCUCAACCUGGGCAAUCACGAGCUUUAUCAGCGCAAUGGCCACGGCAUAGUCGAGGGUCCUGCCUGCCCGGUCGUUGGACUGAAUGAGUCGGGUUACAUCGCUUCUUGGCAGGGCCGAUACCUGACCUCGAAUGUGGUUUGGUCCUCGACACAACAGCCAAUUGGAAACCGCUACGCUGUUGUCGAGGGGAAGUUCGGGACUAAGCUCUUGGUUUUCGGAUUCCUCUACAACAUGGAAGACCAUUGCGAUGCCGUGAGCGUGUUGGAUGUGGAGCAAACACUGGCUUCCAAAUGGUUCAUCGAAUCCUUGAAGGCGCAUCGUACCCUGUGCGAUGGAGUUGUGGUCCUUGCGCAUAUGGACUUCCGUGAUGCCCUGGUUGACAAGAUUUGGGCUGCUGUCCGCCAGGGCAUGGGGCCUUCCAAGCCUAUCCAGAUUCUUGCAGGCCACUCGCACAUCCGUGGGUACAGGCGCCUCGACAGCCACGCUUCUGUCUUCGAGGCAGGAUGCAAGCUGGACACGGUUGGGUUUCUGUCCUACUCCUUUGAAGCGAAUGGGCUGCGCAUCGACCACUCUAACAUUACGGGCAACGUCCAGCAGCUUGCAGGUGCAGUGAAUCGCAGUGUGUCGAAUUUGUCCACUGCCGCGGGCGCGCGGACAGCACAUGCUAUAAACACGGCGCGUGGCAGAGCCGGCAGUGACCAAUUCCUUGGAUGUGCAUCGCAGAGAUACCGGUUGCUUGGCCCUUUGGACAACAACUCUCUGUGGACGUUGUACAUGAACCAAGUGCUGCCCGGAGCGCUCUUGGACACCCCAAGCUCUCAAAUCGCAAUCAUUGGGGACGGAACACUGAGCUACGACAUCUUUCCGGGACCUGUCAAUGUCGAUGACGUCUACAAGGCCUCUCCCUUUGCAAACUUUUGGCUGAAGUUGGAGAGCAUCCCGGGCUCUGAUGUGGCCAAGCUCUUGUCUGAGCUGAUUUAUCCCACGAAGUAUGACCUGCCUCCAUACUUCAUCACCGGUGCUCCCGUCCCGUCCUCGUCUUAUGAUCUUGUCUUCUGCGAAUAUGACACAGAGGCCAUUGUUGGCCGGCUGUCGAAAAUUCUUGGAAGACGCUUAGAGGCCAGGCUUUACAAGCCUCUGCUUAACACUUCUAGUGUGCUGAACAAAUGGUUCGAAGGGCAACCAUGCGCAAGCCAGGAGCUUCUUGUGUAG